UUAAACCUUCACAAUGUUUGACCUAGAUUUGAGAGUACUCGGAUAUCUGAUUUCUCUGUCCUUGUCAUAUAACAGGUGUGUACCUGACAUUUAAAUCUGAAUCAUGUGAUCCUGUACAGGUAGGAGGACCAGGAACAAUAAACAUCUACGGCCCGCCAUGUUGGAUUUUGAAGUUUUUCAGUAGCUGAACACUGUGGUUCUGAAGUUGUUUGUAAAUGUAAUCUCUGGAAACCCUUGAACAUGCAGAUUGUGGACAGAGAAUGUUGCAACAUUAACAUCUAACAGGUUCCUGGGAGACCAGGAACAAAGAUUAAACACCCAGAACCCACCAUGUUGGAUUGCGAAGUUCGACAGUAGUUUAUCAGUGGAUUUGAAUAAAUUAAUAUCGAUCCCGCUAGAUAGUACAUAAACGUUCCCUGACCAUGGACCCCUGGAACAGCGCCCAGGAUGUUGUACGCUGCACCCUGUGUCAGUACUCUGUGGCCCCCAUGUACUGUGAAGUUUGUCAUAUACAUCUGUGUAAAGACUGUGUAGAGACACAUUUCUCUGAUUCCUCUAAAGUCCAUAAAGUGGUGCCACUUAAACAAUACUUAACCACUCUGAACUAUCCCAAGUGUAGGAAACACCCCACCAAACAAUGUGAACUCCACUGUGAACAAUGUGACAUUCCUAUUUGUGCACAGUGUAUUUCUUCUAAAAAACAUUUAGGACAUAUACAAGUUGACAUUCUUAAAACCUUUGAAAGCAAAACGGAAACGUUGCAAAAAGAUUUGCAAGAACUGGAGAAAUUUAUUUUUCCUAAAUACAAAGAGAUUGCAUCUAACAUCCCAGUGCAGAAAGCUGAUCUGAGUAAAAACUCCCAGAAAUUGACAACAGCAAUCGACAAACAAGGAGAAGUCUGGCACAGAGAAAUAGACGCCAUUAUCACAAACCUGAAAUCUAACGUGGAGGAAAUGGAAUCCAAACACCUGCCCAUCCUAAAUAAACAGGAAGAUGAAAUCACACACACAAUUUCUGAAAUUACACAGACCAUUGCUGAACUGAAGAAGUUACUGAACUCCAAAGAUGUCUGCCUUGUCUCUGAGUACAAAUCCAGGAACGCUGAAUUCAGAAGAUUGCCUCCUAAACUCAAAGUGUCCUUACCAAACUUUAGACCUCAGGAAAUCCACACAGAUCAGCUGAUUAAACAGUUUGGUUCUCUGUCAGCAUUAUCUUUUACAACAGAGGAACAAGACUACAGCAUGCCGUCCCAGGGAGCCGAGUCCUCUCCCCCAGACCGGUCACUGAUGGAUGUACCCCAGAUCAUCACAGCUAUAGACACAGGGUAUAGAAAUCUAUUCGGUGUGACAUGUCUGAAUGACACAGAAGUAUGGACGCGUGGUAAUGACAACAUGAUGAAACUCUACAACCUGCAGGGAGAACUAGUGGAGUCCAUCCAAACCAAGUCAGGGAAGUAUCCAGAGGACAUAGCAGUGACAAGGAGUGGGGAUCUAGUUUAUACUGAUUACCAUGAUAGAACUGUGAACAUAGUGAAGAAUACACAGAUACAGACAGUGAUCAGACUACAGGGGUGGAAACCUGACGGUGUCUGUAGUACCUUCUCUGGUGACCUCCUGGUUGUCAUGGACAGUGAUGAUAAAGAUGAUAGUGAUAAUGACAGUGAUGAUCAUAAACAAACCAAAGUUGUGCGUUACUCUGGCUCCACAGAGAAACAAAGUAUUCAGUACGAUGACAAAGGACAACCUCUCUAUUCAUUUGGUGGAUUAUUUAACACUAAAUACAUCAGUGAGAACAGGAACCUAGAUAUCUGUGUGUCAGACUAUAAAGCCCAUGCAGUAGUGGUGGUCAAUCAGGCCGGGAAACUCCGGUUUACCUACACUGGUCCUCCCUCUACUACCAAGGGGUCAUUCUUUCCACUCGGCAUCACAACAGACAGCCAGGGUCGGAUCCUGACAGCAGACUUUAACAACGACCGUAUCCACAUCCUGGAUCAGGACGGACAGUUCCUCCGCUACAUUGACAACUGUGAUUUACAGCUUCCAUGGGGUUUAUGUGUGGACACCAGAGACAACCUCUUUGUGGCUGAGUACACAGGUAAAGUGAAGAAAAUCCAAUAUUACAUGUAAAUCAAUUAACUGCA